AUGUCCAAGACGAAUGCCCGGGCGCAGAGCGAGCAGCUUUUCAAUCUACAAGUACAAGGGGACAAGUAUGCUCGGUUACUGGUAGAGCAGAAGCACCGACUGCGUCAGCUCGAUGACCACUGGAAGAAAGUUCAUGAAGAGCUCAAAGAGUUGCGGUUAAAGCGUGGGGAGAGUGAUCAACGCGGUGGAGGAGCUAAUGCCGUUCGUACUCGAAUUGCUGACGAGCAGCGAGAGCUCAUGAAGCUCGAGAACCGCCUCUCAGCGUGCAAAACCCGCGAGAGCAAGAUGAUCGCGUACAAUGCAGAGCUGCGCAGUCGAGUGGACGAGCUGCGAGCCAACCGAGUCUUGAGUCAGACCGUGUUCGAGAAGAACCAACGUCGUCUACGUGACAUCCAGAAGCAAAUGCAAGAGACUUUCCGUCAGUCGACUCAGAUUGUAGCUGAGCGUGACCGGAUUCUGUCUCAAGCGAAUUCGCUGUCCGGUCAAAAUAUUGACGAGCAGGAGGCUUUCGACCAAGUCUAUCAGAGCCUCGCAUCGAUCAUCAAGCGCGAGAAAGAGAGUGCUGAAGCAUACCGGAAGCAGAUUCUCGAGCAGGAUCCCAUGGAUCUUGCAGACGACUUUGUUCGUGGCAACAUGAAGCUUGAGGAUGAACUACAGCUCAAGAAAACUCUGCAGAAACUCGACAUGACGAUGCUGGAAGAUAAGCAAAACAUCGCAUCCAUUAACGAGAAGUUGCAAGAGUUUGAGACGACAUUUGCAGCACUGCAGCAGGAGAUGGGAGUGGACGACUAUCAUGAGCUCGUUGAGGUGUACUCCAGGAAGGAAGAGGAAAAUUUUGCACUCUUCCGCUACGUUCAGAGCACCAACAACGAAGUGGAGCAGCUCGAAGAUGAGAAACAAGCACUGGAACGGGAGAUACAGAAACUGAAGAGUGAGAUGCAGGACGGCAGUGUUAACGCUCGAAAGCGCAUGGUCGACGACCUCGUUGAGACGCGCCAAAAUAUUUUGAAGGAGAACGCGGAGAUCGAGCGACUCCGAGCUGCUGCAGCUCGAGAAUUCCAGCCGCUUGCACGGGUUGUCGACAGACUUUAUAACGCGCUGGGCUGCAACGAUGUCAUGCCGCCCGUUGUUGGAGCGUCUUCGAGUGGAAAUGGCUCUGACCCAUCGAAGCGUACGAGGAAGCAGUCCGAGGACCAACUCGCGAUGGUGGCGCGCAUCAACUCCAUGAACGAUCUCUUGGCUGCUCAAGGUAUCACAGAGGGAAAUAUCCUUCAGUUCCUAGCGAUCAUUGAGCAGCGGAGCAACGAUCUCAUCGAGCAAUUCUCUCGUCGUAUACAGUACAAGAACCCAGCGGAAGCUCAACGCGCUUCACUCGGAGCGAAUCUACGCCCCAGUGAUCCUACGCGGUCUGUCAAUGCAGUACGAGCACUUUUACCCGAGUUCUUGGACGGCCCCACCAAUAACAGCGGAUAUGGAGGAGCUAACUCUCCCUCAGCUACGAGCCCUGUGCAGUACGCAGGCGCGGGAGGUACGACCAUCGAUUUCAGUAUUGACAGACGGCUUUCCGUGAACACUUCAAUCGCUGAGGAUGAGCCGGAAUCACCCAGGAGUGACGACGAAGAUGGCGACCGGCCAUUGACUAGGGCCGAGUUACAGAAGAAAGCGGCCAAGAGCUUCGCGAACUUGCAGGCGAGCCCGAAGCUACAGCCGAUUCGUGCAAAACCCGUGGUGUCCAAGAAGAAGAAAUACUGA